CUCACUUACCUGCGGAGGAGCGGUUUCAACUUUUCCAGCAGCUGCCGUGGCGUGACUUAACCCCUGAUUUGAAGGUACCGAAUAUUCAGCGCCGCACCACAGAAAUGAACUGAAGACUUGGGGAUCUUUCUGGAAAACAUCUGACACCUGAAGCAUGGGUCCACAAAGGAGAGGACAUCCAAGGGUGGCGUUCGGCCUGGUCAUCUGCGUGGGUGCCUUGUAUCUGGCGUCAGCCUUUGAGAUCCCACUAGAAGUCGAGCAGCUCCCCACCAUCACAGAGCAGUCUCCCAGCUCCCUCAUCGCCUUCCCUUUCGAUGAGAGCUUUUCCGUGACAUGUGAAGCCAAAGGGAAUCCUGCGCCGGAAUUCAGAUGGACAAAGAACGGGCAAGAAUUCGACCCUUUUCAAGACCCUCGGCUCAUGAAAGAGGAGAAUUCUGGGACUUUUGUUAUCCCCAAUAAUGGAAACCUUACAGAGUACCAGGGCAUGUACCGCUGCUAUGCCUCCAACAAGCUCGGGACUGCCAUAUCAACGGAGAUUGAAUUCAUUGUACCUCAUGUCCCAAAGUUUCCUAAAGAAACAAUGGAACCACUAAAAGUGGAUGAAGGACAAGCUUUUGUACUGAAAUGUAACCCACCCAAAGGGAUACCUCCUCUGCAGAUCUACUGGAUGACUAUUAAUCUCCAACAUAUAGAACAGGAUGAGCGAGUGUCCAUGGGUUUGAAUGGAGACCUGUACUUUGCUCACGCGGAGGAGAAGGACAGCAGAAGAGACUACUGCUGCUUCGCCGCCUUCCCCAGGAUCCGCACUAUUGUACAGAAGACCGCCAUGUCGGUCAAUGUCCAGACAAAUAAAGCUAAAAGUGGCCUAUUUCCAGAGGCAGCAAAUGCUAUCCGUGAGAGAAGGCCCGCUCUUCUGACGCCCUCUGGUGGCAAAUCAGAAAUAGUGCUGGUCAAAGGAGAGGAACUGAAUUUAGAGUGUAUUGCUGAGGGAUUUCCAACGCCACAGGUGGAGUGGUUUAAAAUAGGCCAUGAACUACCUGAGAAAGCCUCAGUGGAGAAUCAUGGGAAAUUGUUAGUUGUCUCCCAAGCUGAGCAGGAGGACAGUGGGAAGUACAUGUGCAAGGCCAAGAACACGCUGGGAGAAGUCAUGCAUUACUUCACAGUCAUAGUGGAAGAACCUCCAGAGUGGGUGUUUGAGCCAGAGAGCCAGCUCAGCAUGGUUGGAUCAGACGUGAUCUUAAAGUGCUCCGCCAGUGGGACCCCUGAACCCACUGUAACAUGGAGAGUGAACGGAGAACCUCUUGAUGAGUCACCAUUACCCAACAGAAGAGUUAUUGGAGACACAAUAGUUCUCCACAACACUAAAGAGUCGGACAGUGCUGUGUACCAGUGCGAGGCUUCGAACAAACACGGCAGCCUGCUGGUUAACGCAAACGUCAUGAUUAUGAAUCUUCCUCCCAUGAUUCUGACCAAUGAGGGAGAAGAUUACUCCGCUGUGGAGGGGAAGGGGGUCAUUAUGCACUGCAACGUCUUCAGCUCUCCUCCGUCCACCAUCACUUGGAGCAGAGACGACUCCUUUGAAUCUGUGCAAGGCCCUCGCUUCUCCAUACACGACAAUGGCUCUUUGGAGAUCUAUGAAGCUGACAAGGAUGACGCGGGGCAGUACACAUGCCUCGCCAAGAACAUUGAGGGAACUUCUGCGAUUGAGGCAAAGCUCUCUGUGAAAGAUCCCACAAGAAUAGUGGUGGGCCCAGAGGAACAGCAGAUCUUAAUAGGUACCACGGCGCAGCUCUCGUGCCUGGCAGAGUACGACAAGUCCUUCAGCAAUGACUUUGAGCUCCUUUGGGAAAAGGAUGAUAUGGAGAUAGGCCUGAACUACACUGAGAAUCCAAGAUACUUAGUGGAGGAGGGAGUUCUUCAUAUUAUCAAUGUGAGCCACAAGGACCAGGGUCUGUACAGAUGUGUGGCCAGGACGCCCCUAGACCAGGAUGCGGCGUCGGCCUGGCUCACUGUCCUAGACGUACCUGAUGCACCUGAGAGCUUGGUCCUGUCUGAACACAAGGGGAGAAAUGUGAAACUCAAAUGGAUCCCUGGAGACGAGCACAACAGCUCCACAACAGAGUUUAUUAUCCAAUUCGAGGAGAGUCAGUGGGAGCCGGGGAAAUGGAAGGAGCUGCUCCGAGUACCGGGGAAUCUUCACUCCACCCUGCUCAAGCUCCAUGGUCACGUCGACUAUCGCUUUAGAGUGGCGGGUGUGAAUGCAGUCGGCACGGGAGCCUACAGUGAGCCCACAGAGAGAUACAAAACCCCAUCUGCAGCACCUGACAAGAACCCCGAAACUAUCAAAAUCGAAGGUCAUUUGCCACAUGAAAUGGAUAUCAACUGGGAGCCUUUAUUGCCCAUAGAACACAACGGGCCCGGGUUGGAGUACAAGGUGAGCUAUAGGCGGCAGGAUAUUGAGGAGGACUGGCAUGAACACAUGGUGAAGAGGCAUUCCUUUUUGGUGAAGAACACGCCGACGUUUGUUCCGUAUGAAAUCAAGAUCCAAGCCAAGAACAAUCAGGGCUGGGGACCGGAGCCCAAGAUUGUGACAGGAUACUCAGGAGAGGACUUUCCCUCCGCUGCUCCGGACGAUGUUGGCGUAGAGGUGAUGAACGGCUCAGUGGUCAAGGUUACCUGGGCGCCGGUGCACAAGGACAAGUUGCACGGACAUCUGGGCGGCUACAGGAUAAACUGGUGGCGUCUGCGCAGUCUGGUCGACUCAAAGAAACAACAUGGGGACAAGCACACACUCACAGUCCCAGGGGAGAGGUCACACGCCACAGUACCUGGGCUCACCCCAUUCUCCGAGUACAGCCUCAUCGUCAUGACCUUCAACGGGAGGGGCAACGGUCCCGGCAGCCACCCUGUCAACUUCAAAACCCCAGAGGGAGUCCCAGAGAAGAAUCCCGUUUUCAGGGUCAUGGAUGUACAGAGGCACAGCGUGUCUUUGGCCUGGGCCCCGCCGCUGGAGCCCAAUGGGAUUCUCACUGGAUACCUCCUGGAGUAUCAGCUGAUAAACGACACAGAAGAAGCUGGCCCACUGCAGACAGUUGACAUCAGCACCCCAGACACCACCAAAUGGCUCUUACGGGACCUGGAGGCUGUGAGCAAAUACAAGUUCUACCUGCGCUCCUGCACCACCAUGGGCUGCGGUCCGGUCGUCAGCGAGGAGUGCACCACUACUCUCGAAGCAAGUGAUAUCCACGGAGGAAUCUCCACGCAGGGCUGGUUCAUCGGCCUCAUGUGUGCCAUCGCUCUCCUCACCCUCAUUGUGCUGGUCGCCUGCUUCGUCAACAGAAACAGGGGCGGCAAAUAUUCUGUGAAAGAAAAAGAAGACCUUCACCCAGACGUGGAGUCCCAGGGCAUGAAUGAUGACACUUUCUGUGAAUACAGUGACAACGAUGAGAAGCCACUGAAGGGCAGCCAGCGCUCACUGUGUGGAGACAUGAAGGGCGGGGACAGCGGGGACAGCCUGGUGGACUACGGGGACGAGGAGGGACAGUUCAACGAGGACGGCUCCUUCAUUGGGGAGUACGCAGGACGCAAGGAGAAGAGGGUGUCCGCCGAGGUCAAGUCCACUGCCCAAACCCCAGCGUGAGGCAAUCCGCUGGGGUGUUACUGCAGACAUUGUACCCCACAGCGAGCACAAACGCGGUGUCAAAUGUAACGCAUCAUCGCCAACUGCCAUCCUCGUUUUAUAUACAACCUACUUUUGUCGAGUCGCAAGUUGGCUAUUACUUAUCAAGUUAGCCCAGGAUU